UCAUCUAUUCAAACUCUGUUUAAUUUGUCCUUAAAAAUGGCAGAUAUACGUGAUGAACAUGGUAAUCCAAUUCAGCUUGCAGAUCAAUAUGGGAAACCUGUUAAACUAACUGAUGAGUAUGGCAAUCCUAUUCAUCUUACUGGUGUCGUCACCACUUCCGGCGGUGGAACUGGGGCUGUGCAUGCUGGUUCUGCCACCGGUAUUCUCCAUGGUGGUACUGGGGUAGGCGGGAUUGGCACCUGUGGCCAAAAAUAUGAUGAGCAGCAGCACCACCAGCAGCAGCAGCAGGAGCAAGGGCAGCUUCAUCGCUUGAGCAGUUCUAGCUCUAGCUCGUCGGAGGACGACGGUCAAGGUGGGAGGAGGAAGAAGGGAUUGAAAGAGAAAAUAAAGGAGAAAUUGACAGUUGGGAAGCACGACGACAACGAUGAAGCCGCACACAGCGCCACCACAACGGCCACCAACACGGCCGGCAGUGCAACGUCUACUACUGCUGCGCCGCAGCACGAGAAGGGUGUGAUGGAGAAGAUCAAGGAGAAACUGCCUGGCCAUCACCAUAGUCACUAGAAAAAAUAUAAUUUAAUGUAAUUAUUAAUGUUUAUGCUUUGUUUGGUGUGUAGGUAGCUUGUUUUAUUAGUUACUGGAUAUGUUUCUGAUUUGGAUAGUUGCAUAAUAAGAUUGGUAUUCGUAGUUGGAUGUUAUGCUACACAUAAAUGAAUUUAUUUUCUAUGUUUUUUGGUAAGUGUGUUAUCACAA